AUGAAGUAUUUCUUGCCGUUAUUCAAACUACCGAAGAGAUAUUAUGAUCCAUCACUUUUAAAAUCACGUAAAUGGUCACCAUGGAAUUUUCCUUCAAGAAAAAGGCGCAUUUAUGUUGGAUUAAUUUUUGAUUGGGCUCUCAUUAUUGUCAUGUUUCUCUUGACCGAUUGGUUCUUUAAGACUCCUCAACCGCCUAUCGCUUAUUUCUCCGUAGAAGAUAAUUCACUGAAGAAACCAAUCGUAAAUGAAAUUAUUUCUUCUUCAUUGGCUACGAUCAUUAACACAGUUUUGCCCGGGUUUAUAAUGCUUUUAUUGGAAUUUAUCUUCUUUUACGAUUUUUGGAACUGUUAUCAUAUGUUAACCGGUCAUGUUACAAGUAUUGUACUUGCGUUAUUUUUCACCUCGCUUUCCUGGAUUACUAUCGGAAGUCAUUUGGGACUUCGCCCGACAUUCUUAACGAGAUGCCAACCAGAUAUGUCACAAAUAAAUGCAAUGAACGAGACUCAAACUUAUUUUACAAGUGAAAUUUGUACGAAUAAGUUAAGUAAAAUUGAAUAUCAAGGAUUUCCAAGCGGGCAUUCAGCUACAGCAUACGCAGGCUGGGUAUUUUUCGUGUUGUACAUCAAUGGAAAGUCAAAACCAUGGACAGGAGGAGCUCAUUUUUGGAAAGUUUUAGUACUUUUAUUUCCAAUAUAUUUUGCAACAUGGAUAUCAUUGACAAGGGUAAUGGAUUACAGACAUUUUCCAUUUCAAAUAAUAACGGGAGGUUUAAUAGGAAUUGGCGCGGCACUGAUCUCAUAUAGAUUACAUUUUGGUAAUAAUGGUUGGUUUCUUGGAACGGGUGAUGGAAGUGAUCAUAUACCUGCUCAUUAUAAAUACUUGGAGGAUUGGGACUCUGUCGAUAAUAGGAACGAAGUUGUAAAUAUAAAUGACAAUGAGAGGGAUUUAGAAAGAAAUUUAAGUGAAGUAAGUAGGGAUACUGAUGAGGAAGUGCAUAAUAAGAGGAAUGAACUUAAUAAUCAGAUCGAAUCAGCAUCAACCUGA